CACACCAAGCUCCGGGCCCCCGCAGCGCUAGCGCAGCCGCCGCCGCCUCCCUCCUUCCGCCGCCAUGAUCAUCUACCGGGACCUCAUCAGCCAUGAUGAGAUGUUCUCCGACAUUUACAAGAUCCGGGAGAUCGCGAACGGGCUGUGCCUGGAGGUGGAGGGGAAGAUGGUCAGUAGGACAGAGGGUACCAUUGAUGAUUCACUCAUCGGUGGAAAUGCCUCUGCUGAAGGUCCUGAGGGUGAAGGAACAGAUGCCACUGUAAUCACUGGAGUUGACAUAGUAAUAAACCAUCAUCUGCAAGAAACUAGUUUCACAAAAGAAUCCUACAAAAAGUACAUCAAAGACUACAUGAAAUCAAUCAAAGGCAGACUUGAAGAACACAAGCCAGAUAGAGUAAAACCUUUUAUGACGGGAGCUGCAGAACAAAUCAAACACAUCCUUGCUAAUUUUAAAAACUAUCAGUUCUUCAUAGGCGAAAACAUGAAUCCAGAUGGCAUGGUGGCUCUCUUGGACUUCCGUGAGGAUGGUGUGACUCCAUAUAUGAUUUUCUUUAAGGAUGGUUUAGAAAUGGAGAAAUGUUAACAAAUUCAGCUGAUUACUUUGAAUCACCUGUCAUCAUAACUGGCUGCUGCUUUUUGUCGUCUACACAACACCAGGACUUGGACAAACUUGGACUGAUGUCAUCUUGAGCUUUAUUCAUUUAUUUUUGACCUUGAUUUAUUUGGAGUGGAGGCAUUGUUUUUAAAAACAUGUCAUGUAGGUUGUCUAAAAUAAAACGCAUUUAAACCCAUUUGAGAGAAUUCUAAUGUUUUUUAAGCUCAAAUUACAGUAACUUGCUACAAGUUGUACCUCAAGGAUCGUUUUAGAGAUCACUGCCUGGUCUUAGGUUACUUUUCAGCGUAAGACUCUUCAGAUAGACUUUUCUACAGUUGACUGCUUGUGAAAAAGGGAAGAGAUGCCCACAGAUGUGCCAACAAUACGAAGUAGACCUUUCUACAUUUUCGUUUCAUCUACAAGCUGAAGUAGAGUUAACUCUGGAAGAGAUUACAUCCAAACUGAAUAAAAUGAAACUGUUAAAAACUGUU